ACGGCCAUCCAGAGCUGGAGCCCAGCACAGCACCAUCCUGUGUACCUGGCAGCAGGUACGUCAGCCCAGCAGCUGGAUGCCUCCUUCAGUACCACCGCCUCUCUGGAGAUCUUUGAGCUGGACCUGGCCGAGCCUUCUCUGGACAUGAAGCUCUGCGGCGCAUACUCCUCCUCUCACAGAUACCACACGCUGGCGUGGGGUCCCCACGGCAUGGAUGCGCAGGGUCUCCUGUCCGGAGUGCUCAUUGCGGGGGGCGAGAAUGGUGAUGUCAUCUUGUACGACCCGGCCAAGAUUAUUGCUGAAGACAGUGACGUUGUCAUCGCUCAGAGCGACAAACACAGCGGGGGGGUCAGAGUUGAUGUCAACUCCUUCCAGACCAACCUGGUGGCUUCAGGAGGUAACGAAUCAGAGAUCUACAUCCGGGACCUGAACAACUUUGGCUCCCCAAUGACACCAGGCCCUAAAACUCAGCCUCUGGAGGACGUCAGCUGUGUCGCGUGGAACAGACAGGUCAAACACAUCCUGGCUUCAGCCAGGCCCAGCGGCCGCGCCUCCAUCUGGAACCUCCGCAAGAACGACCUCAUUAUCAAAGUCGGCGACCACAGCAACAUGAUGCACUGUUCUGGGCUGGAGUGGAACCCAGAGGUAGCUACUCAGCUGGUGCUGGCCUCGGAGGAUGACCGGAUGCCAGUGAUCCAGAUCUGGGACCUGCGUUUCGCCACCUCCCCUCUCAAAGUCCUGGAGAACCACACACGGUGCUGUAUGAGUUGCCUACCAGUACCCAGUGGUGCUUUGACAUCCAGUGGUGUCCCAGGAACCCAGCGGUGCUGUCGGCUGCAGCCUUUGACGGACACAUCAGCAUUUACUCCAUCAUGGGGGGCAGCAGCCAGGCUGUCAGCCAGACACAGGCAGACACAAUCAGCACGUCAUUUGGCAACAUGGAUCCGUUUGGAAUGGGCCAGACCCUGCCCCCGCUGCAGCUUCCCCAGGCAUCCCCCUACACAGCCACCCCCCUCAAAAAGCCCCCCAAGUGGAUCCGCAGGCCCGUGGGGGCCUCCUUCGCUUUUGGUGGUAAGCUGGUGUCGUUGGAGAACAUUAAGCCCAGCCCCCAGCAGCCUCAGCAGCACGGCCCAUGUGGUUCACGUGAGUCAGGUGAUCACCGAGACGGCCUUCCUGGAGCGCUCGGCCCAGCUGCAGGCCAUGCUGGCUGCAGGCAGCUUCACUGACUUCUGCCAGGAGAAGAUAGAUGCUGCCCAGAACGAGUUCGACAAGACCGUCUGGUCCUUCCUGAAGGUGAACUUUGAGAAUGACGCUCGUGGAAAAUACCUGGAGCUUUUGGGAUACAAGAAGGAGGAGCUAGCAGCAAAGCCUCUAGCCGACCCUGGACGACUCCUCUCCGCCGACCUCCCACCUGAAGACGCAUUUGACCUCAUCGCUGCUACAAAUCUCCAGCCAGCAGCGGAACUGGAACUCAAACCUGCUCCAGAACCGAAAGAUCCGUUUGACCUCAUCGCUGCUGCAAACCUCCAGCAAGCAGCGGAACUGGACGUGACGGAGUCUCUGGAACCAGUGGAAGCGGAAGUGGACCUGACGAGGGCUUUGGCCCUUGAGGCUGAAGCUGAGCCCAUCGCCCAGGAAGAGAUUCCUCUGGAGGAGGAGGUGGCAGCACCAGUGGAAGCAGAGGCAGAGGCCAGCCUCCCUGAGGAGGCACCAGCUCCAGUCCAAGAGGGCAUUAACCUCGGUCUCAGUCGAGGUGUGGACUGCCUGAUUACCCAGGCCCUGCUGACCGGGGACUUCGGGGGCGCCGUGGUACUCUGUCUCCAUGACAACCGCAUGGCCGACAGCAUCAUCUUGGCUAUCGCCGGAGGGGCGGAGCUUCUGGAGAAAAGCAAGAUCACCAAGACUGAGCCGACACCCCCCAUUUAUGGGAUGCCUCCCCCUGGGUCAGAUGUGUACUCACAUCAGUACCAGCCCUACCCUCCGGCCAGCCAGUACAACCCUGGCACUGGUGGCCCAGCUAUCUAUUCACCUCUUCAGUACUCUGCUCCUCCCUCCUUCUCUUCCUCCUCUCCUCAAGCCCCAGCUCCAGGCUUCAUGCCCCAGUACACUCAACAACCCCUCUACCAACCUCCUGCCAUGGGACAGCCUCUGUCUUCUCAUCCUCCUUUCUCUCCUACUUCCUCCUUCUCUCCUCCUCUGUCCUCUGGAGCGUCUUUCCAACAUGGCGGACCAGGGUCGCCUGCCUCGUACAUGCUUCCUCCUCCACCAACCGGAUCCUCAGGCCCUCAGAACGGCUGGAACGACCCUCCUACUCUGAGCAGAGUGCCAAAGAAGAAGGUUCCAGAGAACUACACUCCUCCUGCCUCCAUCUUUUCUCCCCUGGGUGCCGGGGACCCCCAGGCCCAGCAGUCCCCCUCCAUGCCCCCCCAUCCCAUGGCCCCAGGCCAGGCCCAGAACCAGGGCAUGCAGCAGCAGCAGAUGGAGGGAAUGUGGAGGGAGCGCCCGGAGCCCCUACUGGAGAUGUCAUACAGUCUAAACCCAUGGACUGUGAUUACCGUCCAGCCGCUGCAGUCCAUCCCUGCUGAGAAGAUCACUAAGAAACCCAUCCCUGAGGAGCACCAGGUCCUGAAGAACACCUUAGAGGGCCUCAUCCAGUGCUUGGCUGCUGCCACAGACCCUCAAACCAAGAGGAAGCUGGAUGACGCCAACAAGCGCCUUGAGGCCCUCUAUGACAAGCUACGAGAGCAGACAUUCUCCCUGGCCAUCGUAGGAGGCCUGCACAACAUGGUGCAGUGCAUCGAGUCUCGUUCCUACAUGGAGAGCCUCAACAUCCACACGCACAUAGUGAGUAGCAGCAACUUCAGCGAGACGUCUGCCUUCAUGCCUGUGCUUAAGGUGGUGCUGCAAGCCAACAAACUGGGGGUCUGAGCAGGAUGAGAAACCCUCCCCCACUCCUCUGAGUCUGGGGUGAGAUGGAGAAGGAUUGCUCAGGAAUGGAUGAUGUCAGAAAAAAAAGACCAGAAAGUAAAUGUGUGUACUUUUUACCCCUUUUUUCUCCCCAAUUUCAUCAUAUCCAAUUGGUAGUUAGUCUUGUCCUAUCGCUG